AUGGCCACUGCCACCCGUCGACCCGUUUUCUUCAACCCAGGAGCCCGCUCAUGGACUGCGCCGCCAUCCUCCGACGAGGACGUCGUGGACAGGUUCCAUAAGCAGAUGCCCAACUACAGUCCGACCGAGUUUGUGAGUCUCGAUGCUAUCGCAAAGGAGAUCGGUGUCGGUGCCGUUCACCUAAAGAAUGAAGGCAACCGCUUCGGGAUGCCGUCGUUCAAGAUCCUCGGCGCCUCGUGGGGAACAUUCCGCGCCAUCACGCAACAGCUGAGUCUGCCCAUCAGCUCGGACAUCGAGACGGUCAAGAAGGCGCUGGAAUCGCAUAGCAUCUCGCUUUACGCCGCGACGGAUGGAAACCAUGGCCGCGCUGUAGCACGCAUGGGUGCCAUCUUCUCAAUUCCUGCUGAGAUUCACGUCCCCGCGACCUUGGGGGAGAGCGCCGUUGAACUGAUCCGCUCCGAGGGCGCCACCAUUGUUGUCUCGUCUGGGACUUAUGAUGAAGCCGUUUUCGAAGCGUACAGUGCCUCGAAGCACGAGGGAGGAAUUCUCAUCCAGGAUUUUGCCUUUGACGACUACCAAGACUUUCCUCAGUGGAUUGUCGACGGCUAUCUCACCAUGAUGCGCGAGGUCGAUCAGCAGCUCGCCGGCACCUGUGCCGACCUCGUCAUCGCGCCCGUCGGAGUCGGCUCCUUCGCGCAAGCUGUCGUCGCCCACUUCAAAAGAGAGGGCAGCUCCACAGCCGUCAUGAUUGUUGAGCCCGACACUGCGGCCUGCAUGUGGAAGAGCCUGAAGCGAGGCGAGCUGACGUCGGAGCAAACGACCCCAACCAUCAUGGCUGGCCUUGACUGUGGCACUCCGUCGACCAUUGCUUGGCCACUUGUCAAGGGGGGUGUUGAUGCCAGUGUCACCGUCUCGGACUACGAAUCCCAUAAGGCGUCGCUUUACCUCAAGUCUCUUGGCAUCUCUGCCGGGCCUUGCGGUUCUGCACCCCUUGCUGCUCUCCGGCGAUUGACGGCAUCAGACAAGUCGACCUUGGGGUUACACGAGAAUUCCACCGUGGUUCUCCUCUGCACUGAGCGCAACAGAGAGUAUCCCGUUCCUCUCAGCGUGUCCAGUGAUGACCCCGUCGUCUUGACCCAGACACUCGUCCAGAUCAACUCGGCCAACCCGUCGUUAGGUUCCGUCCCGGGACCCGGCGAGACGGCUAUCGCUCGGUACAUCACCGCAUGGCUGGAGCAUCGCGACAUCGAAAGCCACUGGAUCGAGCCCACAAAGGGACGGCCAUCCGUUGUUGGCGUAGCGCGAGGAUCGGGAGGCGGCAAAAGCCUUCUGUUAAACGGACACAUCGACACUGUAACGCUCAUGGGCUACGACGACGACCCGUUGAGUGGCUGUAUUACUGAUGGCAAGCUCUACGGCCGUGGUUCCGCGGACAUGAAAGGCGGAGUCGCUGCCGCCAUGAUUGCCCUCGCCAACGCAAAGAAGGCCGGCCUUCGAGGCGAUGUCAUCUUUACCGGCGUCGCUGACGAAGAGGCUGUGAGCAUCGGCACACAAGAUGUCCUCGCGGCUGGAUGGCGCGCCGACGCCGCUAUCGUCUCAGAGCCAACCGAUCUCGACAUCGUCCACGCCCACAAGGGCUUUGUCUGGCUCGAUGUCACGGUCCAGGGCGUUGCCUCGCAUGGCUCUCGUGCGGAUUUGGGAGUCGAUGCCAUCGCAAAGGCUGGUUACUUCCUCGCAGAGCUCGACAGGCAUGCACAGCGGUUGCUAGACGGCCCGGCUGACCCUAUUGUCGGGUCUCCAACCAUCCACGCAUCUCUCAUCAAAGGCGGCGAAGAGGAGUCAUCUUAUCCAGCUCUGUGCACCAUCUCGAUAGAACGGCGCACCGUAGCAGGCGAGACGCCGGAGACGGUUAAGAAGGAGAUCCAAGACAUUCUGGACAAGCUCACCAAGGAGGUUUCCGGUUUCAAGGCAGACCUCAAAGUCACCUUCAGCCGGUCUCCAUUCAAGCUCCCAUUAGACGACCCCUUCACGGUGCUGGUAGGGGACUUUGUGGGCAAAGCGCUUGGGAAGACGGCCACUGUCACGGGUGGCGCAUACUGGACCGACUGCGCUUUGUUAGCUGAUAAGGGCAUCCCGUCGCUUCUUUGGGGGCCCAAGGGUGAGGGCCUGCAUGCGAAGGAGGAAUGGGUUGAUGUGGAAUCGGUGAGGUUGGUUGCAGAGACCUUGACCAACAUUGCGAAGCAGUUCUGUCAAUAG